AUGGGCUUUGUCAGCUGCAGGCACCGCUCGGGCUGCAGCUCAUUCCCGGUUCGCGUUCAGCGUCCCGGCCGCUGCGCGAAGGGCGCCCUGAGUGUGACGGCGCGACUGGCGGCGGUGCAAGGAGAGCUUCGUCUGCCUCCUUGCGGCCCUCGGUGGACCGGGUACGGACAGAGAGCGGCCGCCACGCCCCUCGCCCCGCUCCCCGGCGGCCGCUCAGUCUCUUCCGGGCGGCGCAGCAGCCUCAGCCCGCUCCGGAUUCAACCGCCCUGCCUCCCCUUGCUUGUAGCGAGUCUCCGAGGGACGGGUAAGCGAUCUACAAAUUUGGCCCAGGGGGGGAGGGAGCGCACUGUGGAGGAUGGAGCGGGGGCGGAAGCGCGCCGACACGGAGGAAGGAGCAGCGGGAGCCGCACGGCCCGAGGCCGGGAGCUGAGCGGAAAGCCGGCGCGGCUGCGAGUGCCAGCAGCCUCUGGUUUCUUCCGUGACUGGGUCCCACCUCUGUUAACACAGGCUCUGAAGCUGGCGGAAGUAUUGGUUUACAACUGUAGGAUUAUGAUCAAAUAUCUAAUUUUAGCCCCUACUCCUCUCACAGAACUCCGAAAAUAUGGAAAUGCUCAUGUGAUGAUUUGUGUGGUCCCACUCCCCGAGAAGCAGCAACACAUUGUGUAUUGUUCAAACGAUCUUCUAGGAGAUUUGUUUGGAGUGCCGAGCUUCUCUGUGAAAGACCACAGGAAAAUACAUAUAAUGAUCUACAGAAACUUGGUGGUCGUAAGUCAGCAAGAGUCUUCAGACUCCGGCACAUCAGUGAGUGAGAGCAGAUGUCAGCCUGAAGGAGGCAGUGAACAGAAGGAUCCUGUGCAAGAGCCACAAGAAGAGAAGUCGUCUUCAGAUUCAGUUUCUAGACCAUCUACCUCAUCUAGAAGGAGAACAAUUAGUGAGACAGAAGAAAAUGCAGAUGAGCUACCUGGUGAUCGACAGAGGAAGCUCCACAGGUCCCUUUCCUUUGAUGAAAGCCUGGCUUUGUGUGUGUUAAGAGAGAUAUGCUGUGAGAGAAGCAGCAGCAGCGAGUCCACAGAUACCCCCUCAAAUCAGGAUCUUGAUGAUGGUGUAAGUGAACACUCAGGGGAUUGGUUGGAUCAGGAUUCAGUUACUGAUCGUGUAGAAUUUGAAGUUGAGUUUCUUGACUCAGAAGAUUACAGCCUGAGUGAAGGAGGGCAGGAGCUCUCAGAUGAGGAUGAUGAGGUCUAUCGAGUCACAGUGUAUCAAUCAGGAGAAAGUGAUGUAGAUUCCUUUGAAGGAGAUCCAGAAAUCUCCUUAGCUGACUAUUGGAAAUGUACCUCCUGCAAUGAAAUGAAUCCUUCCCUUCCACCUCACUGCAAUAGAUGUUGGACUCUGCAUGAGAACUGGCUUCCAGAAGAUAAGGAGAAAGAUAGAGGGGAUGCCUCUGAAGAGGCCAAGCUGGAGGCAGAAGGCUUAGAUGUUCCUGAUGGGAAAAAAUCUACAUCGAGUGAUUCUAAGGAGUCCUGCACUGAGGAGAAUGAUGAUAAAGAAAUAUAUACCUCCCAGUCACAAGAGAGUGAGGACUAUUCCCAGCCCUCAACUUCCAGCAGCAUUGUUUAUAGCAGCCAAGAAGACGUCAAAGAGUGGGAGAAGGAAGAGACAGGAGACAAAGAGGAGAGUGUGGAAUCUGGCUUCUCUCUUAAUGCCAUUGAACCAUGUGUGAUUUGCCAAGGGCGGCCUAAAAAUGGUUGCAUUGUUCAUGGCAAAACUGGAUUGCUUCUUCUUUAG